UUGCUUGUUAUCUUCACCAUUCCCCAUUCACCUCACUCCAAGGCGAGCCGGGGCAAAAAUAUGCCGUGGCCAGAAAUCGAUGAGGUCGAGCUGCCCAACGGGCGGCUCAUCACCGUGUGCGCACCACAUCAGCAAGUUGUCUGCGGCCGGUGCUGCCUCGACUUCAGCUACGACUUGGAAUCUGACUACGACGAAGACGACGAAGACGGCGAGGACGAUGAGAUGUUCGGCUACGACUUCGACUCUGUUGUUCCCAGGGACGUGACCUUCGGAGACGUCGCGAACAGCAGGUAUGGCCGCCGCCACGAAAACGAAGACAACGCUGUUCACGCGUUGACUGCUGCUAAUGUCUUCGGCUUUUCCGCCGGCCUGUUCGCCCACGACGUUGACCCCGAGUCCGCGUAUGAAAAAGAAGCCCGCGACAUAGGCUACAGACACUCGCAGACGGUGUCCAUGAUGCCGCAAUCCGCCAGGAAGAGGCCCAUCGGCAACGUGUUUCCCACGCAGUUCGGGGACAGGAGCAAGUUUCCUGUCCCUCCGUUUGAGCUCUUCCCCCACAGCAUCGGUUUGAGAGCCACGCCGCCCGUCGAACGCUACAUCAAUCGCUACGAUGUUACGGAGCUGCUCAUCUACACCGACGGUGCGUGCUUCGACAACGGCGGCGUCAACGCCCGCGCCGGCUGCAGCUUCGUCUUCAAGCCCGCCAAGUCGAGGGAGGAAACCGGCAGGAUCGCCUUCCGUCUCGAGGACCGUGGGCCGGACGGCAACGUGUACAAGCACACCAGCAACCGCGCGGAGCUUCGCGCCGCCAUCGCUGCAUUGCGGUUCCGCCACUGGCCCGGCGAGGGCUUCAGGAGCAUUGUUAUCGCGACGGACUCAACCUACGUGGCCAACGGCGCCACGGUUUGGGUGCGUGCUUGGAUGCGCAAGGGAUGGCGGCUGAAGAGUGGCGAGCCUGUGAAGAGUCGCGACCUGUGGGAGGCGCUGCUGCUUGGGAUUGAGAGGCUGCACGAGCAUGGAAUGGCGGUCCGAUUCUGGAAGAUCCCGCGCAAGUGGAAUCAAGACGCCGACCGGGCCGCCAAGGGUGCUGCCGCUGUCCUUGAGGCAACGCCCAACUACACCGACAUCUUUGGUCUUCUGACCCGUUAG